AGAAGUGUGUUUCCUCAGCAGUUAUUUAGUGUAUUUGAGCUCUAAAAUAGAUCUUUGUAUGUAGGAAUAUUGCUUUGUUUUCCAGCAGAGCUUUUUCCUGUUGUAGAUAGCUGUCAGCAUAGAGCAUUUGAGCUUGGAUGCACUUGUUAAUAUGCAUUAGUAUUAGCAUUUAACCAUAGGCUUUUUGUGUCAUAGAUAGCUUGAAAUCAGGUCUUUAUAGAAGGGAAAGACUGCGAUGGUUUGGACAUGUGAAGAGAGCAGGGGAGGAUACAGUGCUGGGAGUUGUGGAGAGAUUAGAGGUAGAAGGAAGGAGACCAGUUGGUAGACCUACGAAAACGUGGAGAAGGUGUAUACAGGAAGACUUGGCAGUGAUGGGAUUGGAUGAGCAUCAGGCAGAAGACAGAGAAGAAUGGAGGAGAGCCAUAAAGCGUCCAACUGCUCAGGAAGAGUCAAAACGGAUGGUAAACGAAAUGAUGAUGAUGAUUAGUAUUACCUCUAUUUUUUAACUAUAGGCUUUUUGUGUCAUAGAUAGCUUGAGAUCUGGUCUAUACAUGCAUUAAAAUUACCUUUAUUUUACCAGAACUUUCUCUUGGCCUUAGAUAAUGAUGACCUGGACUUUGAGGAGGAUGAAGACCUGGCAGGAGUUGGCACCAUGAGUCGGAAUCAGUACGUGGAGAAGCUCAAGAAGAGUGACCCGGAUUUUUAUGCCACCAUGAUGCAGUCUUCAGACCUGAUGGACCUCAACAGCUCAGGGGAGGAUGAGAGUGAAGAGGAGGAGCGAGGAGGAGCAAUAUUUGAGGCGCCAGAUAAGCUUGAGGUCGGGAGUGACGAGAGUGAUGUGGAGGAUGAGGAGCUCCAGAAGAGAGGCUCCAACAUUGUCACGGCCAGAAUGAUCAACCAAUGGGAGGAGGAGUUACAGGGCACCAAGCCCAUCAACACCUUUCUGGAGAUGUCUCAGGCGUUUUUAGCAGCCAUUGAGAGUCUUGGGAGCAGAGAGACCGAGGAAGGUGAAGCAAACAGCAAGUACAAGAUUGAAGGACCCCAAAUCUUCAAUGCCAUCGUGCGGCUGUGCCUGAGAAACGCUCCCUCAGCCAUGGCGUCCAUCCUCAAGCUGAAGAGCCCCAGAGAUAACCCAACCAAGAGCAAGAAGUGGCACAAGAUGAGGAACUUCUUCAAGCUGUACCUGCGGAGCCUUGUGACGUUGACAGAGUGCAUGGCUGAACCCAGUGUGGCCGAGGUGGUGCUGAACAAGGGAGUCCUGCCACUCCUCAACUACUACGCUCACCACCCUGGCGUGUGCAAGAUGCUGCUCAGGAGGCUCAUCACACUGUGGGCCACCAGUGAGAAGAGGGUGCGGGUGGUGGCCUUCGUCGCUAUCUUCAGACUGGCCCAGAACCUCCCCCCAAAACCCCUGGAGUGGGUGCUGAAGAGGCUGUACCUGACCUAUGUCCAGAACUCCAGGUUUACCUCUCCCUCCACCUGGGGCUUGAUUGACUUCAUGCGGUUGUCACUAGUGGAGCUGUAUGCUCUGGACCAGGUGCUGGCGUACAAACAUGCAUUCGUGUACAUUCGACAGAUGGCGUUUCACCUCAGAAAUGCCAUCCUGGUGAAGAAAAAGGAGCGGAUCCAACUGGUGUACAACUGGCAGUAUGUCCACUGCCUGCACCUAUGGGCCGAGCUCCUGUCCAAAACCCACCCCAGCCCAGCCCUGCAGCCCAUCGUGUAUCCACUCACCCAGAUCUCCGAGAAGCAGAGCGGAACGCCUCUCAUGUCAUUUCAUGCCAGCUGGCGCAAGACUAGAGAGAAGGAGCACCUGAGGCGAGUUUCCAACAGGGUGGAGAUGGACGAUUACAACCUGCCGGUGGUCAAGAAACGUGAGCUAAUGGACAAAUAGAAGGCAAAGGAUAAGGAUGAAUUCAAGGAGCUGUUUGCUGAUGAUGAUGAC